ACGCUGGGACUGCCAGUCCUUGUCGUUUGCCUCUGCUCCCCGUCUCCAGCUCAACCUUUGGAGACGAGACAUACCUGUCCGUUGCUGCCUGCAGCUACCUCAUGCCUCUGCCAGCCACCCGUGAGUGAAGUGCAGCACAGGCAACCCAGCACUUGCACUACUGGGUCUACAAGUAGCAGCAGUAUCAGAGGAUACUCACACUAGGCACUGGUCAGUAUACUGCAAUAAGGUUCUUGAGUUCAUCAGUGAUAACGUUCCUUUGCUUGAGUUUCAUCAGUUGAAGAAAGGAGAGCAAGCCAGCAAGAAAUGUGAUUUUUGAUCUCUCUCUCUCUCUUCCUGAUGAUAAUUUGCUUACCAUCUGGUACUGUGAACACACAUCAAAGCCUUGAUUCCACUGUUGAUGGUGCAUACUGUCCUGGACCAUAGAAGGAGAAGGUGAAGGAAUCAUCAGAGUUGAGAGAUUAAAUUUUUUUGGCAGUACAGAUUGCUUGCUCUGCUUCUCUGGUGCUACUGUUGGUUCUUGCUGAUCAAGAAGCGAGUAGCAUUUGAUGAGAGCUUCUCCAAUGGCGGGUGCAAGGCAUGUCAUGGUCGUCUUCUUCGCGGCGUUGCUUGCAUUGCUCCCGGGAAGCUCUCAGCUGCAGUACUCGCAGACAUGGACGCUGUUCAAGAUCCAGCAGAUGCUGAACCACCCUCCGAUGCUGAGCCACUGGCGCCGGACCACCGACUUCUGCGGCGGCGGCGGCACGGUGGCGCCGUCGGCCGCCGUCGUGUGCUACGGCGACACGGUGACGCAGCUGCACAUCGCCGGCGCGAGGGGGGCGCCUCCCCUCCCGAUGAACUUCUCCAUGGGCGCCCUCGUCAUGGCGCUGUCGAGGCUCCCCGACCUCAAGGUGCUCACGCUGUCGGGGCUCGGGCUCUGGGGCCCCUUGCCGGACAAGAUCGGCCGGCUCGCCGCGCUGGAGAUCGUCAACAUGAGCGGCAACUACCUCUACGGCGGCGUGCCGGGCGGGCUGUCCAAUCUCACCGGCCUCCAGACUCUGAUCCUCGACGACAACCUGCUCGCCGGCGAGCUGCCGGCGUGGAUCGGGGAGCUGCCAUUGCUGGCCGUGCUAAGCUUGCGGAACAACUCGCUGGGAGGCACCGUGCCGGCGUCCGUGGGUCGCAUGGCGUCGCUGAGGUCGCUGGUGCUCGCGUCGAACAACCUGACGGGGAACCUGCCGGACAUGAGCGGCCUGACCAACCUCCAGGUGAUCGACGUCGGCGGCAACUCGCUCGGGCCAGCAUUCCCGGAGCUGGGCAGGAAGGUGGUCACCAUGGUGCUCAGCGGUAACAGGUUCACCGGCGGCCUCCCCGCCGAGCUCACCUCCUUCUACCUGCUGGAGCGGCUCGACGUGUCGUGGAACCGCUUCGUCGGUCCGUUCGUGCCGGCGCUUCUCUCCCUACCGGCCAUCCGGUACCUCAACGUCGCCGGCAACAGGUUCACCGGCGUGCUCUCCGACAAGGUGCCCUGCGGCGACAACCUCCAGUUCGUCGACCUGUCCUCCAACCUCCUCACCGGCAGCGAGCCGGCUUGCCUGAGGCCGGACAAGAAGCCGGCGACGGUGGUGCUCGUCAACGCCAAUUGCCUCGACACGGCCGACGACGCGUCGCAGCACCCGUCGCCGUUCUGCCAGAACCAGGCCUUGGCCGUGGGGAUAACUCACGGCAAGCAGAGCAAGAAGACAACCCAUCAACCCGGCGUUGUCGCCGGCAUCGCAAUGGCGGUUCUUGCCGCCGUGUCGGCGAUCGGCGUCAUGGCCUUCUUCGCCGCGAGGAAGAAGAACAAGAAAGGUGCAAUGGUGAGGCCACCGGCGACGGCAUUCGGAGAAGAUAAUUCUUCGAGCACGAGUGGUUACCCUUCCAAGAUGUUCGCCGAUGCGCGUUACAUAUCACAGACAGUGAAGCUGGGAGCUCUGGGAAUUCCUCCAUACAGAACAUUUUCCAUGGUUGAGCUCGAAGCUGCCACUGACAACUUCGAGAACUCUUUGUUACUGGGGCAAGAUUCUUUCGGCGAGAUGUAUCGAGGAAGAUUAGGCAAUGGCACACUAGUGGCAAUCAGGAGCCUGAAGGUUAAGAGGAAUCAGAGCUCGUUGAGCUUCAGUCGCCACAUUGAAACCAUUUCUAGGCUCAGACACCGGAACUUGGUCAGCGCUCUGGGACACUGCUUUGAGUAUGAUCUUGAUGAUUCUACUGUUACCCAGUUGUAUCUCGUGUUCGAAUACGUGCAAAAUGGGAACCUACGGAGCAGGAUUUCACAAGGAACAGAAGGAAGAAAGCUUACAUGGGCGCAGAGAAUUUCGGCUGCCACCGGUAUCGCCAAUGGGAUUCAGUUCUUGCAUGCAGGGAUGAUGCCUGGCCUGUUUGGAAAUAACCUGAAGAUCAACAACAUUCUUCUUGAUCAGAAUCAUGUCGCGAAGAUCAGCAGCUACAAUAUCCCAAUCCUAGGAGAGGCCAUGAAACCUGAGGGAAGCAGGCACCAGACUGAAAGUCCAAUGCUCAGCGAUAAAACCGACAUCUUCGAUUUCGGGGUGAUCCUACUUGAGAUUGUGUCUGGAAAGCCAAUCACAUCCCUAUAUGAGGUUGAGAUAAUGAAAGAGCUACUGCUAUGGGCAGUCGCCGAUGAGGACCUGGUGAGGAGGAGGAGCUUUGCAGACCAGGAAGUGAGCAAGGGAUGCUCCGAUGAGUCGCUGAGGACGAUCAUGCAGAUCUGCCUGAGGUGCCUGGCCAAGGAGGCGGCGCAGCGGCCGUCGAUCGAGGACGUCCUCUGGAACCUGCAGUUCGCUGCCCAGGUGCAGGACGACUGGGAAGGAGAUAACCGGAGCAGCGAAGGAUCGCUGGUGUCGUCGUCGUCCCGGGCCACAAAGUCUUCCAGAUUCCAGAACGAGAAAACCAGGUCUGGCCGUGAGAAAGAAUGUGAGGAUUCGUCAGCUCGUGGAUCAGUGUGGCUGCAGGCCGCAACUGAAGAUGGAAAUUUUGAGACGGCGUGCAACAUUGGCAGGCGGCAAGCUGAAGACGAGAGAUACUGAUGAACUGAUCCUCCAGGAUGUGCGCUUCACUUCCUUGAUGCACUCCUUCCCUUCCCUGAAUGUUUUUGCUCUCUUGAUCCUUUGAUCUCAGAAACAUCUUGAUUUGUUUUUUUUUCUUUAGAAGUAAAAUAAUAUUUGUUUUUUUCUUUAGGCGUACAAUAAAAUUUGUAUUUCUCUAGGCGAACAAUAAUGUUCUGCUGUGCAAGCACCUGUACUGUUCUGUCAAUAUAAAAGCUGGAGUAGUUUCUACCAACGGUCAGAGCUCCGUGAU